AGACAGCUUGGCGCGCGUCUGUCUGCCCAAAAAAAAAUUCUUCGAACCCAGACAGCUUGGCACCGCGCCAUUUUCGCACACAAGAACAACUCCACUCCCAACCCAAGUCGACUGAAAUUUUAAAGCGCCAAAAAUGUCCAACUCACAAUUUGACAAGAAUAUGGACUGCGAGAACAAGAUGCUCGAGGAUAAUCUCAUGGAGAUGGGCACCAAGCUGUGCACCCUGCUGGAAUCCAAUGAGAACUCGCCGGAGUCAGAGCUGGAGCCGCAGCCGCUGCCCUCGGGCAGCACAACUCACCUCGUGCUGGCCGAGUUGCAGGCCAACUUCAAAGAUUUGAGUUUGGAUAAUGCUCCGCACUUUGAAUUUCACGGCUACGGGUGCCACGCCCUAGUCAAGCGCACCCGCGACCACGAGGAGCCCAUCCCGAGUGGGCGCCAUCAAAAGAAGUCCAAGUCGGGUGCUGGCAUGCAGCAGCAGUUGCAAAGGCAGAAUCUAUUCAACUGGAACCAGCUGGCGCCGAUGAUGCGUUCGAUUGGUCUGCGUGGCGAUUGCGUGGAGCGCAAUGUCGUUGUGCGUUUGAUGAAUCUCUUCAAGUCUCUGCAUGACCACAUGAACCAAGAUCUGGGCGUGGGGCCGGAAAACUCUCUGCCAUCGGACUAUGUGUUUGAUCUGCCCAAGAAGAUCACCAUGCCUUGCAGCCUUGAUCUGCACCACCAGGUGCAAGUGAUUUGCACCAAGGCGGAUCGCUUUCUGGCCCACCAGCGCCGCGUGCUGGAGGCAAAUCGCCACUUUGACUACCGCAAGUACACGGAGUGCGACAAACUGCUCAAGGGAUCGUCGACUUACUUAAAGUCCUUUAGGCAGUUCACCAGAUCCCCGAUCCGCCAUCGUGAUGGCAUCUUUUUGGGCUCAGGCGCCAGGUCCAAUGCCCUGAAGCUGGAGGACAUGCUCACAAAUCUGCGCGAGUGGCUGCGCGCCGCCUAUCUCUGUGUGUAUGUUUUUAACUGGGAAAUGGACCAUGAGCAUCGCUACUCGCUCGCCAUGUCCAAGGACCACAAUGCACUCAUGGACAGGGCCAAGGAGCAGGCAACCAGCGAGCUGAAGGCGGCACAGCCCAAGGAGCUCAGCGCGGAGGAAAAGCUCAUCGCGCAUCGCUUUAAGCUGCAAAAUGUCAUCGAAUGUGCCGCAGAGAACGACGACUUCCUGUCUACACUGCUCAAAAAUCCGGACGCCUACUUUCCAGCCGAAGCUCGGGACAUAUGUGCGCAACAGGAGGCAGCUGCUGGCCCAGCGGCUGAAGCUGUAGCACCACCCGUGGGCGGCUUUGAUUUGCUGGACAUUAGCGACUUGUUGGAGCCAUCGUCGCCUCCAAAGCGUGCCACCACCACGCGUCGCUUCAAGCCGCUGUGCUUCCGCAGCUAAACAAAAGAAGAGAAAAG